CAUUUGUGGCGAUUGUCAGUUCGGUGUUCAGCCUGGUAUAUGCGUUUCAUUUUAAAAAGUGGGGAAAUUCAGUCAACGAAAUCAUACCAUGGCAGGGUUACCCGAUGCUGAAGACCUGAUUAAUGAUUCUGUUGCCUCAGUUGUGGAAGGAUGUCAGCUGCCUGUGCACAUGCUGAAAACCGACGAGUGGCCAUUGGCCGAGAUUGUCAGCACAAAGGAUGAGGAUGGCCGACAGAGGUUCUACGUCCACUACAUUGACUACAACAAGCGGCUGGAUGAGUGGGUGACAGAGGAGCGGCUGGAUCUGCGGCGCAUCCAGUUCCCCCGGAAGGACAGAGAUGCGCCCACCACCACCACCCAGGGUACAACGACUGGGCUGAACACACCCAAGAAGAAGGAGCCGUCCAGCACGCUGCCGUCGCGGUCCGGCUCACCGGUCCAGUCACCCGAGCCGCACCACAUGGCCGGCACGCCCAACGUCCUGUCGGCCGCCCUGCUCAGAAAGAAGGCGCAGAAGCGCAAGCUGCCCUCCUCCGAGGAGGGCCAGCCGCCGGCCAAGCUGGAGCGGCGGGACGGGCCGGGUGCGCCGGAGCCGGCGUCCGAGCCGGUCGACCCGGGUUCGGCCGUGCCACGCACCGGCAGCAUGGCCGUGCACCAGGACGACGUGGUGACGCGCGUCAAAAACGUCCAGAUGAUCGAGCUCGGUCGCCACCGCAUCAAGCCCUGGUACUUCGCACCUUACCCUCAGGAAAUGACCAAGAUGGGGUGCAUAUACCUUUGCGAGUCUGUCUGGCAUACAGGAAAAAGCUCGAAGUGCCUGGAGAGACACAUCAAGCCGGGCCAGUUCGAGCUUGCUAAAAAGCAGUAUUUCAAGUUCAUGUUCGUGCGCCACCCGCUGGAGCGUCUGAUUUCGGCCUACGAGGACAAGGUGGUGCGCGCCAACCACCCCAGCCUGUUGGCGCUCAGAAGGUCCAUACUGGCCACCCACGAGGACCUCUACAUACGCCAGCGUGUCUACGAGCUGCUCAGGGCCGGCACCGGGAACGACACGGCCCUGCUGGCAGACUACGACGCCCAGCUGGCCGAGUACCGGGGCCAGGUGGAGCAGAGACAUGGUGUGCCCACAUUCGCCGAGUUCCUCGACUUCGUGCUGGCCAGUGAGCCCACCGGAGACACUUUCGACAGUCACUGGACGCCCUACUGGCGACAGUGCGCGCCCUGCCACAUGGACUAUGACGUCAUCGGAAUGCUGGAAACCGGCGCUGAUGACUUCAAGUACAUGUGGCACCGAAUGAAGAUCUACUCGUCGGUGAGGAUUCCGCGGCAGAACGCGCUCCAGCGCAACAGCACGGCGCUGGAGGAGCACGCCAGGCGCUACCUGGCGCCCGUGCACCCGGCCACCGUGGCGCGCCUCGGCCACCGAUUUCGGCUCGACUUCGAGUUGUUCGGCUACGACUGGGAGCAGAUGCUGCGCCUGUCGGGCCACUGCGCGGCCACCGGGCGCUGCGUGCUCGCUUAGCGUCAGCGGCCGCGGUAGCCGGGCACGCGUCUGCCCGCGUAUGCGUGCCGUGCUGUGGCCCCGCGUGGCGCGAGGUGUGGGCCGUGCUGUGGCCGCGCGUGGCGCGAGGCGUGGGCCGUGCUGGGGCCCCGCGUGGCGUGAGGUGUGGGCCGUGGUGGGACUCCGCGUGGCAUGAGGUGUGGGCCGUGUGCGGGUGGAGGCGGGGCUCACGUGGUGCUCAGCUGUCUGUCGUGCGCGUCGGGGCGCCAUCCUUCGAACUGUGAUAGUUUGCUAAUGAACUGCAGCCAUAGUGUGAAUACAGAACAUAUG